AGGAUGAGCCGGUUCCUGAAUGUUCUGCGCAGCUGGCUGGUGAUGGUGUCGGUCAUCGCCGCCGGGAAUACCCUGCAGAGCUUCCGCGAUCACGGUUUCCUCUCAGAGAAGCUGUAUACCGCCAGCCCCGGCCUCGUGAAUGGGCUCCAGGCUCGGACCUUCGGCGUCUGGACCUUGUUGUCAUCAGUGAUCCGCUGUCUCUGCGCAAUCGACAUCCGUAACAGGACUCUCUAUCACAUCACGCUCUUUACCUUCUUUUUGGCCCUUGCUCACUUCCUCUCUGAGGUCUUCAUAUACCACACUGCAGCCUUGACAAUUGGAGUUAUGGCACCCCUCAUGGUAGCAAGUUUUUCUAUUCUGGGGAUGUUGAUUGGACUGCAGUACCUAGAGGUAGAAGCACUUUCACAAAACAAGAAGAAAAACUGAAGUUGAGGGCUUUUUGUAGGUCGGUGUCAUCUUCUACCUUCACUGCCACACUUCCAUGAAAGCUCAGCUGAACUCCAGGACACCAGUCCCAGUGGUGGGUCAAUGUUGGACUCUGUCAAUCACCGUCAUUACCAAGUUGUUUUUGUCUUGUCCGGGCAACAUUUCAACUGUCUGAUGGCAAAGACCAAGUCCCAGAGGAGUUUGUGUCAAAGCUUAUGGGAGGUGGUUAGUGACUGACUCCCUGGGUAGCAGGCAAAGUCUCUGGCAUGCCCAGAGCACUGAGGACUUCUCUCCCAGUGUACUUCUGGGGACAAGGUGCAGAACUAUCCAGGAUUUGCUGAACAUUCCGACCAGAAAGAGAGAAUGGGUGCUACCCCUGGUACUGCUGUGUAACUUGCAUGUGUGUGUUCCCCAGGGGCCAUUUCUAAUAAAUUACAAAAAACUGCA